AUGAUUUCAAUGAGAACAUCUUCCGUUGUGGGUUAUGUACCUCAAUCCAGUGAGCCUCAUCAUUGUGGUUACUGCGGAAAAAAUGGCAGUCGUCAUGCGGCAGAACUGAAAAGAAAACAUGAAGAAGGAAAUGAUACUCAGCAAAUCGAUACUAAAUCUCAUAAUGACAAUGUAAAAAAAUCGAUUGAUGGAGAAAAAGGCAAAAAUCAGCGAGAUGCGUCAGUCUUACACCAAAACAAUGUGGAAGCAAAAGCUACUUCCCGAGGGCCAGAUCCAACCAAGCCCAAGCGUAGAAAGGCGAAGGAUAUUAGGAGAGAGAAAAAAUUGGAAAAGCUCUCAAGAGAGUCAGACAUGACCACGGAACAAAUAAAGAAGCACAUUGAGGAAGCAAAGGAGAAAGAAGUGAAAGAAAACAUACAGAAACGCGUACAGAUAUUGGACGAACUUUUUAAGCAAAUGGCGCCUACUUUAACCCCUGGUCAUAAGUUAGAGGUUAAACUUGUAUUAGCAGAUCGAAGCCUUCCUCAAUUUCAGCUAACGUUUAAAAAAUCGCACGAAAUAUAUCAGAAAUAUCAGAUGGCAAUCCAUAAUGAUAGACCCGACGAAUGCGAUGAAGGGCAGUUUAAACGUUUCCUGGUCGAUACUGCGUUAAUGUUUGAACGAUCUCCAGAAUUUCCUAGUACUGGAUGUGGAACCUUUCACCAACAAUAUUAUCUGGAUG